CCAAUUGCCCACUAUAUAAUUAGAGGCAGGCACAAAGGCAAAAGGAUCAAAGUCACUAAAAAAUUGCUUUGAUAAACAUACUAAUGGAUAAUGAGGGUACAUAAUCACCGGCUGAGAUUCGAAGUCACACCCAAGCCAACAAUGAGUUUGCCCGGAAUUUCUUUUAUCACGGCGAGAUCCGUCGCAGUUAUUCUCUUUCUCUGUCUGUUCCUUCUGAUUUUGCCACCGUUCCUUCCGCCGCUUCCACCGCCUCCAUCGACGCUCCUCCUUCUCCCUCUUCUGCUCAUGAUUCUCCUCAUUUUCUUGGCUUUUUCCCCUUCUAAUGAGCCUAGCCUCACCGUGGAAGUAGAACCUCUCGACCCCUGAUGAGUGAUGUUCGCCGUCUUCAGCACCGACCGUACAUUUAUAUAUGCAUUAAACAAUUAUGUAUAAGUGUGUCUAUAUAUGCAUGUGUAAGAAGCAGAUUAAGAGCUUUUAGUUUCGUGCAAGUAAGAUCAUCUCAUGUGACUGAUAGAUCUCCGAGUUUAUUUUGAAUGAUUUCGUAUAAAUUUAGUUACCUUUCUUUGAUU